UCUGUCUUUGAAAAGAAGAAAUGCAAAAAGAAAGACAUUUAUUUGAGUAGGUCAAGUUGACAUGCAUGAUAUCACUGACCCUGGAUACCACUACUUUUGUUAUUUUGUUUGUAUUAUUGAUGCAUAUUCACAGUGUAUGGAAACAAAAACAAACAAAAAAAAUAUCAUUUUAUGUUUGUGCCUUUGAGAAAUUGGAGAUUUUUUUUUAGAGCCUUUGGAAUUACGCAAAACAUCACAAAAAAAAAACUGUCAAAAAAAUUAUACAUAUAAGCAACGCACAAAGUUUUUCAAAGGCUCUCAAAUUGCCUUACGCAAUUUGAAAUCGACGACGUCCCAAUUGGCUAACGACUCUACUACGAUAUUUACAAUAACGUUUGUAGUUUAUUGAAGAAACACCAAUCGAUAAUCGCAACUAGUCGAAGCUAAGGACGGUGUUGUUUCGAAGGUAAAAACAUGAAGAAACGUAGGCCGUGUACUUGGAAUCAAGUAAGAUCGCCGGGAAAUUUACCAAACGGAGCAAAUUAUGCACGUACAGCGGAAUCAGUAGGAGGAAAAAGCAGGAGCUUUCACGAGUUAAAGAAGAGGCGUAUACAGAAAAAUGUUACAAAAGUACAACAAACCAGAAGCAGCGAACUCACCAAUGAUGUGGAAUUAAGCAAAGAAUUAUUUGGCUCGCUAGAAUCUUUAUUCGACGUAAAGAAACCUCUGCGCUUACAGGACCUACCCAUAUUGUCACAAAAUUACGCUGAACAAGGAGAUACCACUAACUCUACUCCACAGUCUAGAAGCCCGAAAACUCCUCGUUAUUCAUUAGAUCCACCAGAACCACACAUUCUUUUCGAGUCAGAAAGCUUCAUCAAGUUACCAGAAUUUGGAUUACUAGAAGGAAUAGUAGAAGAAUCUCUGCAGACCGAGUCCAACAAAACUAACACUGAACAAUUUAGCGAAUCACAAGAGUGUCUCAGUAUGGCUGAUGAGGAAGAUCAGACUAAGACUCAGAAUGAGGGUCAGGGUGAAGACAAAACUGGAGAUGCAGGAGAAAAUUCAGAAAAUGGACCACCACCCUACCCAAUGCCACCAGGGAUUGGUGAAGGAGUGCCUAUCAAACCUGGAGGACAUCGGGAGUCCACGAUGAGUUCGUUACCUUUGACGGACACUGCAGUGAUGAAGGAAAUGAAAGAAGCGGACAAAAGGUGUACUGCAAUAGCAGCUGAAAUAGAACAGUUGAAAAAAGAGCUGUCGGAAUUAACGAACAAAAAAGAUCUGACUCAAGAAGAUACGUUGAAAAUUAAAGAGAAGCAAGAAAGCGUUAUGACCAAGCUUGGAGAGUUUGAGAAAAUAACUAGAAAACUUCAACGGUUGUUAGGCUUGGCUGAUCCUUCGAGUCAAACCUUUGCCAAGAUGUUUGAAAUGCUUCCUUACCCACAUGGAAAACGAACAUCGGAUGUUACCAAGGAGAAGGGUGAGCUGUUCGACAUUCCGCAGAUGGAAUAUCCCGAGGACAAACUUCCAAGGGUGAUCGUUUGUGGUAACACAGAAGAGAACAUACCAAAGAUAGUAGUAGGCGACAGCGAGCGAAAGGGGAAGAAAAAGUGUUUUCAAAAUUUAACUGGAAAGUUGACGGAGUCAUUGAACAUGCAGGAGAAGCUCGUCAAAGAAAAUGCUCAGCUCGAGGGUGGAAGGUAUAAGUUGGAGGAAGCUUUGUUGGAGAAGGACAACGCGGUGGACAGCCUGCAGCGAAAGGUGUGUGGACUGCAGGCUGAGAUGCGAAUUGUAGUGAAAGAGAAUUCUGAAUUGAGUCGACAAUUGGCUUGCCUUAAUCAACGAAUCUGUUCGCCUCGUCAAUCACCACCGCCCCCGCCACCAUUACCGCCACCAGCUCGUCCAUACACCAGUAAUCGUGGCCUUUUCUCACAAGACGAAGACAGUAAUUCAUGUGCUUGCAAGUGUUGCCUGCAACAAGAAGGUGGAGACACAUAUGCAACAAAUACGCGCACAGUUUGUGUGAACGACCCAUCGAAGGUCACUGGCAGUUUCAGCAGCAACGGUUCCCCGAGAUUAUCUGGUGGCGCUUGCGGCGGAAACACAUCAGGGACAGAAAGCGAUAAAAUGUGCUGCAGAAGUCCUGCAGCCAACCAGGUUCCGCCCCCAACAACAAGGGGAGCAUGCCCUGCGGAGCUGGAAAACAAGCUAGCAAUGUAUGGGAACAACACCAAACAACUGGAGCAGCAAUUAGGCUGCAUGGAGUCUGAGGUCCGGAAUAUGCAGAUGGAACUUGCUAAUGUCCAACGAGAAAGGCAGCAGCUUGAGCAGCAAAGAAAACUUCUGAAGUGCACUGGACCCUGUGCCCCUUGUUCCUGUUGUCCGCCCUCACAGCAGCAGUCACAGCAAUCUCAGCAGCAAAUUCCACAGUUGAAAAACAUGCCUCCGGCAAUGCCACUUGCCAAGAUGAAUCCUCAACAAGUUCCAUCAUGUGCUGAACCAUGUACAAAUGCACCAAUGGGCGGAAGUAAUUGUCCGCAACAACAACUACGAGAUUUGAGGGAACAGUACGCCAGACUACAAGAUGACUAUAAAAGCAAAUUGUGCGAGGUCUCUGUACUGAGAACAGAAUCAGAAAAGACGAAACAGGAAGCAAGGGACGCCAAAGAGGACAAGGAGAGGGCAGAGAAUAAACUUAUUGACUUGGAGGAGCGAUUAAAACUCUGCGAAGCUGAAAAGAACAAGUUAGCAGGAAGUAAGGAGCAGCUUGUGGAACAGGAACAAGCGCUGCUGGUGGCUAAGCAACGAUUUCGUGAGGCACAAGACGAACUAGAGGAACUGCGAUCGCUGAUUCAGGAUCAAGCAAGCCAGCUUGAAGAUUAUCGCAACAAAUACUUGCAGGCACAGCAACAAGUCGAGGAACAACGUCGACAACUGGACCUCAUGGAAAUGGAUAAUGCUCGAAUGAACGAAAAUGUUACUUUGGAAAUUGGCCGGGUUAAGAACCAAUUUCAAGAAAAACUUGCUGAGCUUGCCCCUCUGCCUGACCUAUUGAAACAAACACAGCUCAAAUUACAAGAAUCUCAGCAAAUGCGAUUACUGGCUGAACGAAACUGCGAGGAUUUAUCACGGGAGGUUUUAGUUUUCAAAGACAAAGUGGGUACCAUUCAAAAUCAAAUGGACAUACUUCGCGCCGAAAAUCAAACGUUGCAGGAUGAAAAAGCGUCAAUGGCAGCAAGAUGGGAUGAGCUUGAAAGAAGGAAUGCAGAAAUGAGAAAUGAGAACGAAAGGAUGAAGAAUGCAUCGGCAAGAUUUGAGGAGCACAUUGCACAGAUGCAAAAACGUAUAGAUGAAAAGAUGCACGAGGUCACCCAGCUGACAGCGAUGCUGGAUCAAGUGCGUGAGGAUUCCGCCCGUCAAGUAGCUAGAACAAAAGAGAGAUGCGAGACGAUAAGACGCUCGAUGCAGGGACAGAUUGCCGAAAUGGAAAGACAGCUGGCACAAUGUAGAGCAACAGCAAGAGCAGCUCAGAAAGAUAGAGACGAGAUUCGUCAGAAGAUGCAAGGGCAGAUCAACAAUUUGAAUGAGGCCUUCGAACACGCUCAAGGACGCAUCCGAUCACUGCAAGGACAUGUAAAUUACUUGAAAAAUUCGUACAGCAACAUUUUUCGGGGAGGUCAGGGUCAGGGUCAGGGAGAAACGCCACCAUUACUGCCAGGUGAGCCCGGACAGGGCCAGGGAUAUGACUCCUGCGACUGCAACUAUUAAUUACUGAUAUUGCCAUUAGGAAUACAGUAAUUUUAGCAAUAGUAUAAAAGUUUCUGCACGUCGAGUAAAAUUUUAGCGAGCCAAAGUUCAUCUUUUGAUUUACGUGUAUUUUUUUAGCAAUUUUUCUAUGUGCUGUAAAGGUACUAAUUUCUAUCAUAGAUUUGAAAGUCAAGGCAAAAAAAAUUUUUAAACCUAAACUAUGUCUUAAAUUGAAUCUACGUUACAACAGAAGAAAAUUUCUCCAAUUUUUUGUUGUUCUGUUGAUUAUUGCAACUGGUUUCCACG